UUUUGCUGGCCGGCUGGUGUUCGUUGCCGUGAAAAAAUCAAUUACGAUAUUAAAAUGGCCACAAGCACUGCAACGAAUUCGCUUCUUAAGAGUGUUUUUGGCGCUCUUCGAACACUGCUGCAUUUGACGGCGGCAGUUCAAUUCACGUAUGGAAUCUAUUAUGAUUACACAUACGUUGAAUUUCCAAAUUCCACUGAUACAAAUUCGAAAUUAAUUCAUCAUCCAUUUGGGGGAAAGUUCAAAUAUUUAACUUUCUUGGAUGCGAUAAUUCAGGCGCUUUAUUACAUUGUCUCGCUUGCAAAUGACUUUGUGGGCACAAAUGAAUUGGUGCCAAAGCGUCCGCCAGCUAUACGCAGGUUCAAGGACUGGCUGAUGGCCACCCUUGCCUUCCCAGUGGCCUUGAAUGUGGGUGUAACCUUUUGGACGCUGUAUGCCAUCGAUCGGGAACUCGUCUUUCCCAAAGUGCUGGACCCCGUCUUCCCCAGCUGGCUCAAUCAUGUGCUGCACACCAACAUUGUGGUAUUCAUUGUGCUGGAGAUGUUCACCUCGUAUCGUGCAUAUCCUAAUCGCAGCAAGGGUCUCACUGGCUUGGGCAUCUUCAUGGGCAGCUAUCUGGUCUGGAUUCACAUUAUCAAGCAUUAUUCGAAUGUCUGGGUCUAUCCGGUAUUGGAAGUCCUUCAGCUGCCACAGCGCAUUGUAUUCUUUGUAGCUGUGCUUGGUUUCACCUUUGCCCUCUAUCUACUCGGCGAAUUCGUGAAUAACAUUGUGUGGGCCAAGGAAGUGAAGCUGUCUCAGCGCAAGUCCAAGUAGGCUGUGUCUUUAAGUCUGUAGUCAGUAGCAAGUCUGUGUCGUCGUCUUUAAAUAGCAACUACUUAUAUCAGCAGAAAUGAAAUUCAAUUGUCGCUUGUAUUUUACACAACAAUCUAAUAAAUUAUAAAGUUGAUCUAAUCCUA